AUGUUUUCCAUCAGAUUACGACCUCUACAAGGUUACGCUCGCUCCGCCCAGAUUGGGCUUGGCCGCGCGGGCGUGACCUCUCGAUGUGCGAUACCAAGAAGUUUCGGCCUCAGAUAUUCAUCGCAGCUCAACAAGACACCCAAAAAUGCCGAUAUUCUCAUACAGCAACGCUUAAGACGUCCAGUCUCCCCUCAUCUCUCUAUCUACCGUCCUCAGAUUACCUGGAUUGUCAGCAUAGCGACUCGGAUUACUGGCGUUGCCCUUUCGGGUGGAUUGUAUCUCUACGCAACCGCCUAUCUUGCGUCCCCACUGUUCGGGUGGAAUAUUGGGUCCGAGUCAUUAGUAGCUGCGUUUAGUAGCCUUUCGCCAUCCGUACAGUUUGCCUUGAAAUUCGGAGCUGCUCUUCCAUUCGUCUUCCACGGCAUGAAUGGAAUGCGUCAUUUGGUUUGGGAUACCGGCCGAAUGCUCACCAACCAACAAAUAUCUCGGAGUGGUUGGACAGUAGUCGGUGCCUCAACAGUUGUCGCUGUACUCUUGGCACUCUGGAAACCGAAGAAGGAUGAUGCCGAAGUGGUUUGA